AUGAAACAUGAUGAUUUUGAGGCGAUGCGGGAACAUAACGCAUAUUACCCAUUUACAGAUAGAGCAGAGUGGGAACUUGCAAAGUUUCUAUGCGACAACUUGAAUCAGGGGCAGAUCACUCGAUUUUUGAAGCUUCUCUGGGUGGUUUCAGAGGCGAGGCAGCCGCUGUCCUUUAAGAAUGCCAAACAACUCUUCACUUUCAUGGAUGCAUUACCGGUGGCCCCGAGAUGGAAGUGUACGCCCAUCCAUACUGAUGGAUAUACAACUACCCACCCUGUGGAUCUCAUCUGGCGUGAUGCCCUGGAGGUCGUGCACCACAUUUUCGGCAAUCCAAUCUUCGCCAACCAUAUGGAAUACGACCCUUAUGAAAUCAAAGACAAUGGUGAGCGCGAAUAUGGAGAAUGGAUGUCUUGUGAACAGGCGUCCAAAAUUCAGAAUGAUUUACCUAUCGGGGCAACUAUCGUGCCCAUCAUUCUUGCUUCUGACAAGACACCAGUAACUCGACAGACAGGCUCGCUGGAGAUGCACCCCACAUUUCUUACGCUCGGCAACAUCCACUCCGAAGUUCGCAUGAAGGCCACCUCACACGCAUGGGCGUGCAUCGCGUACAUUCCAGUCCCAGAAUACAUAGUGAAUAGUGAAUUCUGUGGAUUAUUGGAAGCGCGCGUCUGGCAUAAAUGCAUGGAUCUGGUCUUAGAGAAGCUGAAGGUCGCUGCCGAGGUGGGCGAGUUCAUGGUAGACCCCAUGGGUUGCCGCCGUUAUGCAUUCACACCACUUGCUGCCCAUAUCGCUGAUCUUCCCGAGCAAAUCAUGAUCGCAUGUGUCUCAAAAAAUGUCUCGCCAACCACUUCAGCCACACAGGCGCAGUUCGGCGACGGCACCACAUACCCCCCGCGCCAUGGCUCAGACACCUUACAAAAGCUACACGAGCUUUGCAAGAUAACCGAUCCCUGGAAGGUCCGGGAGUUUCAGGAGUCGGCGAAGCAGUAUUCUCUCAGUGGCGUCCACCAGCCAUAUUGGCGCAACUGGGGGCGUGCAGACCCUUCAAUUUUCCUUGUCCCAGAGAUACUGCAUGCAUGCCAUAAAUUUUUCUUCGAUCACCCUCUGAAGUGGUGCAAGGAGGUGAUAGGCGCUAGCGAGCUUGAUGCUAGGUUCCGCAGCCAGCAUAAACGUGUGGGUACACGCCAUUUCACUAAUGGUGUCUCCCAUGUGAACCAGAUGACCGGACGCGAGCAUCGUGAUAUCCAGCGAACGCUUGUCCCCACCAUUGUGGGUGUGACAUCUCCUGGGUUCACUCGUGCAAUCCGCGCACUCAUUGAUUUCAUAUACAAAUCACAAGCUCCCACUUUCACAAGCUCUUCCCUUGACAGCAUGGUAUCAUCCCUGAAUGAAUUUCAUGCCUACAAACACUUCAUUUUAGAGGCGGAGGCUCGCACAGGCACUUCUGGCCCUAUCAGUCAUUUUCAGAUCCCCAAACUCGAGUCUUUCAAUUCAUUCGCUCGUUCGAUCCGACAAUCAGGUGCCAUCAUACAAUUUUCUGCGGAUGUCAGCGAACGGCUACUGAUCACACAUUGCAAGACACCUUUCCAGCGGACAAGUCACCAACGAGGCACAUUCACGCAGCAGAUUGUCAAUAUCAUCAAUCGCGAGGAGGUGAUGAGACAAUUUGACUUGUAUGCCCUCCUGCGUGAACGACGGAUAUCUCUCAUCAACGUCAUGGACAACGAGUUUGAUGAGGUCGUUGACUUAGAUCCAACCUUUAACUGGAUAGCGCGCGUUGCACCACAAGAUAUGCAUCGUUUUCAGGCGAUUCGCCCCGUUCACAAUCACUUUCUCAAAGGCCUCCUUUCUGACGAGGCUAACGCUGCCUUUCAUGUUACCAUCGCUCAUGAUCUUGCUGAUCGUUCGCCCACUGCACUUGCUCAACUCUAUCAUCUCUCACAAUUUCCAAAUGUCGGAACUCACUCUUUUCACGGUCGCCUCCUCAAAACAUGGUACAAAUUUAGGCUUCAACUUCAUUCCCGACUUCGUCCAUGCAACAUUAUGCCAAGCCAGCAAGUUCAGGCGUAUCCGCCGUCUGAGACGCACCCUUUUGGAAACUGCGAUAUGGUUCUCCUCCAACCUACAAGUGCUAACCCGCAGUCCACACCAUGCAUUGUUCAAGUUCGAAUGGUGUUUAUGUUGUCGCCGCGAGGGUCGCAGCUACCAACAGAGCUCAAGGAGCCUCUUCUGUAUGUUGAGCUAUUCGAGAUAGCUGCGCCCCCUGAAGCUGAGCCACACAUUGGCAUGUACCGUGUUCGACGUUCAUUUUACCGUGCGCGUGAUGGUUCUCCGAGUCGCACAAGGAUCGGGAAGAUUGUACGGCUUGUUGAUGUUACACAUGCAGUAGAAUUGAUACCCAUCUAUGGGGAAACGAUGGACCGCUCUGUUUCGUCAACGACAUCUCUUGAACGCUACGAUAACUUUUAUCUCAAUGCAUUCUCUGAUAAAGAGUGGUACCACACACUUCACGCAGAUUUUGUCUAACCGUACUGUAUUAUUUCG